AUGUUCCGCCCACCAAGGGAACCCACCGAUCCCGAUGCAUCGAUACGAGCUACGGAUUCCGAUGCAGCUCUUGCUCGCCUCUCUGCUGUUCAAAAGGGGUACCUUGUCGAUCCAUUUGUCCGACAUCUUGUACCCAGGGCACAUCUGCAACCACCUCGUCCGCCUCUAAUCAACAUCGGAACCUACGUCAGGACCGUCUGCAUCGACAAGUUAGUCGAUGGGUGGUUGCAGAAAUGCUCCAUCGAAGGGCGAUCCGGAUGCCAAAUAUUGAGCCUCGGAGCAGGGAGUGAUACGAGGUUUUGGAGGCUUGCUACCGGUCCGUGGAAGGAUACUCUCAGCAAAUACAUUGAGCUCGACUUCCCCGAGAUCACUACCAAGAAAACUAUGGCUAUAACCAAGAGUCGAGAGUUGAGCAGCCUGUUGGGUAAGCCAGGCGAAGUUCAGAUAGAUAAAUCUGGGACUGGGCUACAUUCGCCCAAAUACCAUCUAUUUGGAGUUGACUUAAGACUCCCCCCUGCUGAUACUUUGUCGAUACUGCUUGCCUCUCCGUCAACAAGUGACUCUACUACGCCGCUUCUCUCCCCCGACGUUCCGACACUCUUACUUUUCGAAUGCGUGCUUGUAUACAUGACGCCGGAGGCUUCGGCGCAGCUCGUUCAGUGGUUCGUUGAUUACUUCUCAUCCACAGAUAACAACACCAAUCGGAAGCCACGCGUUCUCGGUGGAAUCGUAUACGAGAUGUUUGGACUCAAUGAUCCUUUCGGAAGGGUCAUGGUUAAUAAUCUUAAGACACGCAAUGUCUCUCUCCCGGGUGCCGAGCCCUAUCCUACAAUGCAGUCGUUGCCCAAGAGGUUUCUACAGCACGGAUUUAGGGCUUCGCACGCCCUGUCGUUGCGGGAACUACGCGCAUCGCAUCUCGGAACAACGGAACUGGAAAGGAUAUCCAAGCUCGAAAUGCUGGACGAAGUCGAAGAGCUCGAGCUUGUGCUAGAGCAUUAUGCCAUUACGUGGGGCGCGUGGAUUGACGGAACUGGUGAGACAAAGGCCGACUGGGCUGGUUGGGGCUUGAAUCAAGCAGUUGCAGCUCAGCCGGUUGAUAGCGAUACGUCAGAGUGA